UCUGAUUGGUCCAGACCAGUCAGAGCAUUUCCGCUGCUCUCGGCCGGAGCUGGGCCAGCGAUACAGUUUUCUCCCUGCUGUGGCAGAGUCACUAUAUUUUAACUCUCUCGACUUCAGGUAAAGGACCGAAGUUGUUAUUUGGACGCUAUUUGGACCUUGAAACCCAGAGGCUGGGCGUGAGAGAGGUCCACGAUGUCAGAACUAUUUAUGGAAUGUGUUGAGGAGGAGCUGGAGCCGUGGCAGAAACAAGUUCCUGAAGUUAACUUGAUAGAUGAUGAUGACGAUGAACCCAUCUUCGUUGGAGUACUCUCAAAUGACCAUAAGGAUAGUAAGCCUGACCCUCCACCUCUCCAGAGGAAAAGUGCAGAGAAACAAGAGAUAAAGCUUCCUGCACCUCAGCCUGCCAUUGGCCCGUCACCAAUAAUGCUGCCAUUGAAUAUCGCUGGAAAUGCAGUUAAUACUGCAGCACCCACUCUGACAACAGUUGCUCCGCAGCCUGUUAUCGUCAAUAACCAGGGCUUUAUCGUCACUUCCUCACAAUUUGCGAACAACAGUGAGUUUAUUGCCUCUCUUGGGUCCCAGUACCCUCCCGGGACUUCAUUUACAAUCGUUCCAGCUGGUCAGCAGCCGAUUUUUCAGCGUGUCAGUGCAGCCAAUGUAAUGCCUGGUGCUGUCCACAGGCCUCAGGUGCAACAAAUCAGCAACAAUAUUGUUACGCUGACUAACGUCCAGAGCCCUGCUAUGUACUCUGCGCAGUCUAAGCAGAUGCAACCCAACCGUUCCAACUCACAACCUCUUCAGACUCUCUCUAUGCCUGUAAAGGCUGACACCAAUAACAAAGACCAAAUAGUAGCCAAACGAACAUUGCCACCACAGCUAAUAGACAGCGUAGCUAAAAGAGUCAAGCUUGAUCCAGGGCCAACAAAAUUAGUAGUUCCAGUGGAAAACGGGAUCAUAAAGCGAAAAUGCCCAAAGUGUCAUGAAGAAUUCAUUAACCAAGAUACCCUGAGAUGUCAUAUGACGAACUGCUCUACAAAAUAUGACAAUAAACCCCCACCAGCUGUGGAUGUUGGUGCCAACAAACGCAUUAUGCUGGUCUCAGAUUUCUACUACGGCCGGUUUGACAAUGAUGGAAACAAGAAAGAGACGCAGAAGACCAACACCACUUUCAAGUGCCAGAGCUGUUUAAAAGUUCUCAAGAACAACAUCAGGUUCAUGAACCAUAUGAAGCACCACCUGGAGCUGGAAAAGCAGAACAGUGAGAGCUGGGAGAGCCACACAACAUGCCAGCAUUGCUACCGCCAGUACAUGACUCCAUUCCAGCUUCAGUGCCACAUCGAGAGUGCUCACAGCCCGAUUGAAUCCUCAACCAACUGCAAGAUUUGUGAGCUGGCAUUUGAGUCAGAGCAAGUUCUCCUGGAGCACAUGAAGGACAACCACAAGCCCGGGGAAAUGCCUUAUGUGUGCCAGGUCUGCAAUUUCAGGUCCUCUUUCUUCUCAGAUGUGGAGACACAUUUCCGAGUUACCCAUGAAAACACAAAAGACCUGCUGUGUCCCUUCUGUCUCAAAGUUCUGAGAAGCAGUCACAUGUACAUGCAGCACUACAUGAAGCAUCAGAAAAAGGGGAUCCAUCGCUGUGGAAAAUGCAGACUGAAUUUCCUCACCUACAAGGAGAAAGUGGAGCACAGGACUCAUGUCCACAAGACUUUCAGAAAACCUAAAGCCUUGGAGGGCCUUCCUCCAGGAACAAAGGUGACCAUACGAGCCUCCAUCACAGGAAAGUCACCUGCACUGCCGAACUCUCCUGAUCGAUCUGGCUUUACUGUCAGUUCAGAAACACUAAGCUUCAAUCAGCAAACCAAACCUCCAGUCAGUGUAUCCAAGUCUAAAUCAGACGGCUCUGCGGCGGGAAAAAACAAGAUGACUCAGGGCCAGAAGCAGCAAAGGAAUAAGACAAAGCACAAUCUGGCACUCAGGAAUCUUGGCAUGGACGGAGGCCGCUACACCUGCAUCGAGUGCAAUGGGCAAGUCGACCAAUUCUUCUCUCAUUUCCCAAUGGUUUCAAAUUGUGGUGCGUGCAAAUAUUCGACAAGUUGUAAACUUUCCAUCGGGAAUCACAUGAUAAGAUAUCAUAGUCGAAUAGCCAAAAACAGAGUUCUGAAAAUGGAUAAGAAAAAACCAUCUGCAUUAAAAUUUACCCUGAGGUGUCUCAACUGUGACCUGCUGGUAGAUGCAUCAGGUGGUGACUUGAUGAGCAAACAUUUAACUGAUCGACCAAAUCACGUAUGCAAAGUCAUCCAGGAGAAAGCAGAUAUGAAAGCCAAAGAUCGAGUGCAUCUCAUCUUGGAGCAGCCAGCAACAGUCUUGUAUGUCUUGACGACAGCACCUGUUCAAAAACCAAAGGAAAUGGAGUUGAAAGUAGCUGAAAGUGUCACAUCUCAAAGUGUUACUCUGGCCACUGUCGACCAACCAGCAUCACAGCCAAUGUUACCAGCAGGUGAUCAGGAAAAGGAUCCCACAGAAGCACGCCCUGUUGCAGGUUCUUCUGAAGGACAAUUAAAGCAGCAAUCACCGCCAACGCCCGAUACGUCAGAUGUGGCUUCAGAACUCUGUGAUUUAGACAAGUCAGAGGCCAACUCUGAAAGCCUCCAGGUGAGAGAAACUGUGCCUGUCUCAGGGAGCAUUCCCGAUGAAGAGACGAAGGCUCAGCAAACUAAACCGGAGUGACGCGUGACAACACUGUACAGUUAUGAAUUUAAAAAAAUAAUUGUAUCAUCAGCCACUCCUCAGCAUUUUUUCAUUUAGAAAUACUGAACAGAUGAUAAUUGUGCUUUGGCUGCUGAUGUUUCCUGUUAAUCAUGUGUUUGGAGAGACACUCAGCGUGAUAAAGAUUUUUGGGGGUUUUGGCAAAUGGCCCUCCCUCGGCACCCCUUCACCCCAGAUAGAAUAAACAAAAGGAUGUGAAAGCAAAAUGAAUUUUAACUAGCUCAAAGUAAAAUGAAUUAAAAAUGCAUGCAAAAUGAUCAAAAAGUGAUCACAAGUCAGCAUCAUUGCCAGUAAGGAUAAAUUUUUGCAGGACUACAGUCUGCAUAGUGUGGGCAAGUGAGAUAGGAGGCAAAUGUCAGUAACAAGGGAGGUCUUGCAUAGCCUAGCAUACAUUGUACAGAGAAACUGAGAAACACCUGUUUGACUUUUUAACACAAUGAAAUUGGGAGAAAAAUGGGAGAAAUUACCAAUUGUGGGAGAAAGUUACUAAAUGUAAAGAUUCUUUAUAUUUGAAUUAAAAAAAAAAAACUCCACUACAAACUUCUUAUGUUUUGCAUAAUUGUACAUUUGAGCUUCGGUAAUCAUUAUUAUGCUCAUGAUAAGAUUUCAGAUCUCUCUGUGUCUUACUGAUUCGACUUGAUUGUAGCUUGUUCUGGAAUAUUUAAAAAACUAGUGAAAAACACCAUCUGCCCAAAAGAUGAUGGUAUACAGCUCUUCUCCUGGUCCAUAUAGUAUCCACAUAUACUAAAAUGAUGUAAUUUAACCUUUAAAAAUACAUUUUGUUUAGGCAUUUUGAGUCCCAUUUACACCAGAGACUAUUUUAUAUAGAUAUGUUGGUUGGAGAGGCGAUGGGUUUGGGGUUUUUUUUUUGUUUGUUUGUUUCGGUUUUACAUCACCAACAUCAUGAUUUGUCUUCCUUUUCAACCUGUGAUUCGCACCCGUUGUAUUGAAUGUGAGGUUGAUGAAUGAAAAACGAAACAUACUUUUAUUUGGCAGUUAGCAAAACAUUCCUGGUUUGUGGCAAAAAAAUAAAUAAAUAAAAAAAUAAAAAAAUUUACAGGUUAUGUGUGGUGUUACAGGUAUGUUGUCACCAGCUGGUUUUGAUGAUCCCAGAGUAUCAUUUAUCCCAAGAGAAGGAAAGAUUCUGUUAACCAUUCAAAAAUAUUAUAAAAUGUAUAGAAAUACCUAGCUCUAAAAUUGUAUUCCCAGAGGAAAAGAAUAUCCAUUUUUUGAAAUGUGUGGCUUUGAUUUAAAAAAAAAAAAAAAAGCAUUGGUAGGGAGCCUUAGGUGGAAAGUGACCACAUUUAAUAUGUAUACCACUGUACUUGAGUAGAUUUUAUUAUCCUUCUUUUAACUGUUCAAAGUGUCAGCUUGUGAAAAAUGUCUGUUACCGUCGACAAAACACCGCGGUGAAAAAUGUCAGCCAAUUUUUAUGUCUCAGCUGCUGGUUGAUUAAGUUGCCUUUUUAUUUUGCAUUUAGGGGUUUAAAAAAAGGCUGAUUAUAUGUUCCUCUGGGGGUAUUUUUAUACAAUUUGUUUACUUUGAUGAUGUAAUAUUUCAAAAGUCAUUGUUCUUUCACAGGUUUUUUAAAAGGGAUUUUGCUCAUAUGUACAGUCUCUGUAGAGUGAGUCUAUAAAUGCUUCUACAUCUAUGAUGCCACUGUAAAUGUAACCCCGAGUCUGUUUUUGAAUACAUUCCUCUAAAAAUGUAAGGACACGUGUUCCUCAGAACCAUACACUACUGGGUUUGGAUCAGUGUUUUUUCCGUUGUUUGCUAUGUAAAUAAAUCUUUACUACAAUCA